ACCAAUCGAUUACACUUGCUGUGCAAAUAACAAAAACAAUAAUAGUUUUGUGCAAAAUAAAGUAAAUAAAUAAUGGCGCACGAUCGCGAAGUGCUACGCAUGAUAUGGGAAGGACAAAUAGGCAUAUGCUUUCAAGCCGAUAGCGAUGAAAUCGUUGGAAUUAAUCCAGAACCAUUCUACUUGAUGGUGUCACGUCUCAGCUAUCUACCUUUGGUCACAGACAAAGUACGCAAAUACUUUACACGCUAUAUAGCGGCGGAGCAUCAAGAGGGUGCUGCCUGGUUCGACUAUAACGGCACACCGCUGCGUCUGCAUUAUCCUAUAGGUGUGCUCUAUGAUCUGCUGCAUCCGGAGGAGGAUAGUACGCCCUGGUGCAUUACCAUACAUUUUUCCAAAUUUCCCGAAGACACGCUCGUCAAACUUAAUACAAAAGAACUGCUGGAAUCGCAUUACUUAUCCUGCCUAAAGGAGGCCGAUGUGCUGAAGCAUCGUGGCCUGGUUAUAUCCGCCAUGCAAAAGAAGGAUCACAAUCAGCUUUGGCUUGGCCUCAUUAAUGAUAAGUUCGAUCAAUUCUGGGCUGUGAACAGACGUCUUAUGGAGCCCUACAGCGAUCAAGAGUCCUUCAAAAACAUUCCAGUGCGCUUCUACUUUGAUGACGAUUUUACGUACAUGCAAAAGUUGAUAACGCCGCUAAGCGAAAGUGGACAAAAGAAGAAUUUGGCCGAUCUGAUGGUUGAAUUAUCGACACCUGUGCGCAAAGCGGUGGGAUUUCGCACUCAUGGCAUUGAUCUCCAUGAGGAGACGAAUCUUCAAUGGAUGUCCGAGCAUUUGAGCUAUCCCGACAAUUUUCUGCAUUUAUUCGUCGACUAUAAAAGCGCCUAAGCAACAAAAGCAACAACAACAAGUUUAAAGAUUGAAAUUAACCAGUGAGCGUCUUUUGGUUAUUUUUUUGUCUCGAUCUCUGCAACGAUCGACAGGUUUAGCUUUAGUUUUAGCAUUUAGGCUCAAUGUACAAUAUUUUAUGCAUGU